GGGAAAUGCUUUGAAUACUUGCGACAUGGCCGCUCACAUUGAUUGCCAAGAUUGACAGCUCUGCAUCGUCUUCUCUUGUAUCCGAGAGAGAGGGAGAUAAAGAGGAUAGAUAACAACAAAAGCUCCUUGCAGUUUUGACAAUUAAACUUCAUAGAAAGAACGGGAUCCCCUCAUAUAGCCAGUGGGAACCACAACAGACUUUAGUUCUCUUUCCUUUUCUCUACAGAUAGUAAUCGUUAUGUUUUAACGUAAUAUAGCGUGAAACACACGACUCGGGAUACGAUACCGUUAGGACCUGCAGCUGUCUUUUCUCGACUGAUCUGAAGGACUAUCUGCACGUGGACUUCAGAGGAACUUGUGGUUUUGCGAGAGAGAAAAACAUUUCCGAACUGGAUCCGGACAUAAAGAUAUCGACUCCCUGACGCAUAUGGUGCCAGUCACUUUCAUGAGUUCAAAAUCAACUAACCAGUGAUUGCUGGGUGCUGGGGAUUUAAUCUUUCUGUUCAUAACCCCACACGCUGACAUGGAGGGCUUUCUUCGUAGCAGCUUUUUACUGAGCAGAAUAAUGUCUUCCAAGCAAGCCACCUCUCCGUUUGCCUCCGUCGCCGAUGGGGAGGAAGCCAUGAGUCAGGACCACCUGUCCUGGGAUAAGGAGGAGAGUGCCGAGGCCCACGGGACGCCCCAGCUGCCCCUGCACAGCCUGCUCCACAGCAAGGGCUCCAUGGACGAACUGCAGCCCCUCAGCAGUGUCCCUCCAGAGAGUGACUGGGACAGCAUGGUGUCAGCCCAGCAGCGCAUGGAAUCUGACAGCAAUAAAGUAUGUUCCCUGUACUCCUUCCGGAAUAACUCAACCUCCCCACACAAGCCUGAGGAGGGGGCCCGGGAGCGCGGCGACCUGCUGAGCGGAUCUGCGUUCGGAACUCCGGAGCGCCGCAAAGGAAGCCUGGCCGAUGUGGUGGACACACUGAAGCAGAAGAAGCUGGAGGAGAUGACAAAGACAGAGCAAGAUGAAUCCAGUUGCAUGGAAACACUUCUGUCAAAAGACUGGAAAGAGAAGAUGGAAAGGCUCGACACCGGUGAUCUUCUGGGAGAAGUUAAAGGUACUCCAGAGAGCCUGGUAGAGAAGGAGCACCAGCUGAGCACCAUGAUCACUCAGCUGAUCAGCCUGAGAGAGCAGCUCCUGGCCGCUCACGAUGAGCAGAAGAAGCUGGCCGCCUCACAGAUGGAGAAACAGCGACAGCAAAUGGAGCUGGCCCGCCAGCAACAGGAACAGGUGGAGAGGAGGCAGCAGCAGCAGCAGCAGCACAGCCUUUCUCUGAUCUCCGCUUUUCUAUCUGUUCAGCAGGUCCAGGGUCACAUGCCUCCGCUCAUGAUUCCCAUUUUUCCACACGACCAACGCACCCUGGCAGCUGCUGCCGCAGCCCAGCAGGGCUUUCUCUUCCCACCGGGAAUCUCUUACAAGCCAGGUGACAACUACCCGGUGCAGUUCAUUCCAUCCACAAUGGCAGCUGCGGCAGCGUCAGGACUCAGCCCCCUCCAGCUUCAGCAACUGUAUGCCGCUCAGCUUGCCAGCAUGCAGGUCUCUCCUGGAGCCAAAAUGCCGCCACUCCCCCAGCCUCCCAACAACAGCGGGCCCAUCUCCCCCUCCGGCCUGAAGAAUGACAAGAGAUCCUCCAGCCCUAUCACUCAAGUCAAGGAGGAGGGAACGCAACCUCUCAACCUGUCCGCCCGGCCCAAGACGGCAGAGCUGGUCAAGUCCCCCACAUCCCCCACACACAGCCUGUUCACAGGCAGCAAGACCAGCCCCAACAGCCUGUCCAAGAGCGGCAUCCCCAGUCCCCUCGGAGGCAUGGGCCGUGGGUCUUCUCUGGACAUCCUGUCCAGCCUGAACUCCACAGCGCUGUUCGGGGACCAGGAUGCGGUGAUGAAGGCCAUCCAGGAGGCUAGGAAGAUGAGAGAACAGAUCCAGAGAGAGCAGCUGCAGCACCACCAGCAGGGCAUGGAGGCCAAGCUCUCUGCCCUCACAGGCAUGGGCCUCAACAACUGCAGCAGGGCUGACAAGGAGCGGGCACACUUUGAGAGCCUUGGUCACCACCUUAGCAAACUGGGAGAGGAUGGCAAAAUUGGCCACAGAGUCAUCGACCUCACCAGGCCAGAGGAUCUGGAUGGAGGUGCCAGCACAGCCGAGGCACGGGUCUACAGAGAAGCCCGGGGGAGGAACAGCAACGAGCCCCAUAUCAAGAGACCCAUGAACGCCUUCAUGGUGUGGGCCAAAGAUGAGCGCCGCAAGAUCCUCCAAGCCUUCCCAGACAUGCACAACUCCAACAUCAGCAAGAUCCUGGGCUCUCGCUGGAAGUCUAUGACCAACCAGGAGAAGCAGCCAUUCUAUGAGGAGCAGGCCCGUCUCAGUAAGAUCCACCUGGAGAAGUACCCCAACUACAAGUACAAGCCCCGGCCCAAGAGGACCUGCAUCAUCGACGGGAAGAAGCUCCGCAUCGGCGAGUACAAGCAGAUGAUGCGCUCGCGACGGCAAGAGAUGAGGCAGUUCUUCACUGUGGGGCAACAACCGCAAAUCCCCAUCAGCACCAACGCCGGCGUGGUCUACCCUGGGGCCAUAACCAUGGCAACGACCACACCCUCCCCUCACAUGACGUCGGAGUGCUCCAGCGCCUCAGCAAGCCCGGAGCCGGCCAUUCCCGUCAUCCAGAGCACCUACAACAUGAAGAUAGAGCCCAGUGCCAUGUUAACCAACGUCCCCAUCAUCAACGGAGAGGUAGAUGAGAUGGACAUGUACGAGGACUUUGACGAGGAGCCCAAAUCGGACUACAGCAGUGAGACUGAGACACUGGAGCCCAUCGUCAGCGCCAACUGAGGCCUCUCAACACACGAGCCGAGACAUACACACAUUCGCACUGGAGAACCAUCCCCAGGGCGGAAGACAGACUGAAGGAGGAGAAACAAAAGAACAAAAAAAUCCAGAACAAAAAGAAAUGGUUGUGUUGAUGCAUCAUUUAGGAGCCUGCAUGCAUAUGUGGCUCCGUCAGAAUCAACAGCUAAAGGUCUUAAAUGUUUCUUACAGUGUGUGAAGCAGUUUGGUUUAGUUCCUUAUGUUUUUUAUUAUCUCAUCGUUUAUUUUUUGUGUUUUCUUCAUGGACAUUUACACAAUUAGGUUAUUGCCUAUACAACUUUGGAUGACAGGACUUGAAAUGUACCGUUUGAUAUGAAUCCAUAAUUCUUACAGUCUUACUUUUUUUCUUAUGGUAUACAUAUUUUUUUCUCUUCAGUUAAAUGCUUUUGAUAGAUUUCAUUACUGUUUUUGAUGGGAGUUAUAUAUUCUCACUCAGGUAUGCUGUGCCAGCCAACAGCGUGUGAAUGUUUUAAAUACGAAUUUAUUUGAAACUAUUUAGAAAACAAAAUAUUUGGAAAUUCCUAUUAACUAAAAACAAACAAACAGAACAAUUCCACAAUUCUGAGACAUAAUCAGACUCCCUUAUUAUUAAUUGUAUUAGUAUUAUUAUUAGAAUAAUUAUUAUUGGUAUUAUUAACAUACUGUACAAUUUUGUGCAGAUGUGCCAAACAUUUCAAGGGUUCUUUCUCUUAAAUAAUUUGUUUGAGUCUCGAGGGAGAGACUCGAGUCUAAGACAAUCUCUUAAUAUCUUAGUGCGGCUUCAAAAUCCAGUUUCUUUAUAUACCUUCUAUAUUGAAACACUCAGGAAUCUGGAGACAGUGUGCCGUGUCUAGGGCAGGAACAGGAAGUGAUGCAAUAGCUUCAGGUGUGGUUGUUCAUAAUGGCAGCUGUUCUCCAUAGAGACCAAUGCGGUGACCAACAGGCCCUUCUCUCCCUGUCCCUCUCCAGCUCAUGUCACCAGCCCAGUCUAACACAGAGCACUAUAACACUCCCCUCACACUCUCUGCUCAUUCUUCAACUCAGUCUUACCAAGUUCUUAAUCAGAGUGAUUGUAAUCAGGCCAGAAUUCCAAGGGGCCAAAGGCAUCCAAUCUGUGGGAUUGGAAAGUCAGCGAAAGGCAGCUUUGGGGGCAUUAUAAUCACAAAUUGCUGUUUUACAAUGUGUAGCUACAGUACAUUUGGUUGAACACUUUAGCCCCUACUGGGGCGGCAAGUUUUAAAGUCUUUGGUCUUACUUUUUUGUUCUUGUUAAAUCUUAAGUAUUUUUUCGACAUUGUAAAUCUUAAAUUGACACGGGAAGGUCUUAAAGCAGAGUUAACUACUGCAGCAGUCUUAAGAGAAGAGGCAGUGUGUGAGGGAAUAACAUUGUGCUUUUAUUAAAGGAGGGUUACAGACAAGGUAUUACAUUCUAACGAGUCAUAUUAAACACAAAAGUAUUUCAUUCAUAAGCCACACCAGAUCUGAGAUGGUGAUUCUCUACAUUCAUGCACUUAGAUAUUAACACUUACUACUUCAUUUUUCAACUAAGUUAAUAUUUUAUAUUGAACAAAAUUUGUGUUGUUUUAUAAUGACCAGUUGCCUAUUUUACAUAAAGUUAAACUUAAUUAUUUUAGAGCAAUUGAAAAUGCACUUCUGUAUUUUAUUUACAUACAGACAAUGAAUAUGACAUAUAACACAAUCAAUCAGCUCUUAAUGUUGUGACAAUCAGUCACAAACUGAAAGUCCUUUACCUCUUGAAUGGUUCUUCUACUAGUUGAACAGAUCCCAGGUUGUUACCUAUGGAGAAACAGCUAGAGAUGGCCAGCAGUCAAGGCCUUACUGUCCAUAAUACAGCCCUACUACAGGCCAGAAGGACUAAGUACCUCCCUCUCUGCCCUGCCCCUGCCCCUGCCCUGUCUCGACCCCUGCCCAUGGCAACCCCCACACCCAGGGGGUGCCAUCUGGAGUGGCAGGCAGUGCGAGGCUGGGGAGAGGAGAGAGGGGGAACAAUAAGGACGGGGCACGUAGCGCUUAUUGUGCUCUCCAUCAAAGCACAGACAGUGGGGCCUCCACCCUGGCUCCCACCCUGGCCCAGCCACUAGGCGCUGGCGAGCAGAUGGAACAAGUACAUCAAGCUGUGGGGGAUUAUUAAAAUGACUGACGAGUGGAUAUCAUCUCAAAUGCAGCAUUAUUAAUGCAUGAGCCCGGCUAUUCUCCUCCGUGCCCUUGAACCUGUCCAUUUCAGACCAAGCCCAGAGGUUUAAAAUGAUCUAAAUGGCUGGUCACCAGCGCUGGCUGUCUACAUGGCCAGGACUCCCUCCUACUGCUGGUCACUGCAUUACUCUCCCAGGUCUAAUUGAUACAGAUGGCUCUUUAGUACUUUAAUUUUACUCGACCCAUUCAGAGCUGGCUUUUAUUGUGUUGUGUCCACGUUUGAAAGCAUUUAUCUUAAGUCUUAGAAGUUUUUAAGCACCUCAUUAUUAAUUUCCAUUUCGGUUUAUUUUUCUUUUUUUGGUUGGUUGGUUUCUUUGUUGCUAUUGUUGUUUUAAGGUACAAUGCUUUUUUCUAGGAUUUCCUCCCAUACACAAACCUAAACGGAUUUCCCUCCAGGUCCACAUGUCUAGGAUUUCCUCCCAUACACAAACCUAAACGGAUUUCCCUCCAGGUCCACAUGUCUAGGUUUUUAAGCUGUUACUUCUGUUUUCUGGUUGAUUGGUUGAUUUGUACGUGAUUUGUACAUAUUUCUAUGUCCAUGCCUAACCAAUUCAGUGGGCUGGUAGUUACAAAAGGACUGUUGAUAGGACUGAAACUUGACUGCGCUUGUAUAACAAAAAAAUUACAAAAAAACAAAGAACUUAUAUCUCGCAAGGAGACAAAGUGUUAUAAGCACUGGAUAUAAAUUGUAUUUUUAUCAAUUCUGACUAAUGUGAAGCUGUUGUACCAGAAAAAAACCUGAAUGAACAAAAGUCACGACGACUUGGACUCGUGGGCUCGUUCUCACAGUUCCCAGAUUUGAAUAAUUUUUCAGUCUACUUGUUUUGUUUAUUUAUGCAAAGACAUGUGUAGUGAAUGAACACUUUGUCUAAGCUCCAGGGCCACCAAGGGGAGAGAGACAGCGCACGAGAGAGACUGAGCAGUAAACUCGACAGAAGGCUUGCAUAGUAACUGGUUAGCUGAGAAACACCGGAUUUCAGACACGCAUUUUAUUGGUCACAUAUGUUUUGUGUUGUAUAUUGUAUUUGAAGCUAUAUAGUGAGUAUAGACAUUUUAUUGUAUUUAUUAGCCACUGUUGGCUCUAAAAUUGUCAGUAGAACAUAAUGAAAGGACAAUCAGAGAGAAAAAAAAGAUGUUUAAUGAAUUGGAGCUUCAUUUUUCAGUAAAUUCACCAUUUCAUUAUAGAUUUUAUUGUAAAUACAACAUAGGAAAUAGAAUUAUAUUUUUGUUCAUAAGUACUUAGUGAAGUAUAAGUUAUGUAUUUGGCUGUUAUUCUUUUCUUCCUUUUUUUUACAUCAGUGUAUGUUGAUCCAUGUUCUUAAAACUGACAAGUCACUGUACGUCAUGUAGAUGCUGAAUAUUUCUCCCGGUUGAAGAGAGCAGUAUUGGACGGUUGAGGAGAGCAGUAUUGGACGGUUGAGGAGAGCAGUAUUGGACGGUUGAGGAGAGCAGUAUUGGACGGUUGAGGAGAGCAGUAUUGGACGGUUGAGGAGAGCAGUAUUGGACGGUUGAGGAGAGCAGUAUUGGACAGAGAUGUAGCUGAGAUAGACAGACAGUCCCCUUCUUGCUAGCGUUUCAAUGACCUCCCUCAGACAAUUCAAGGAGCCAAUCAAAACCCAAGCUGCAUUCCUUAGCCUUGGACAUUAAGGACAAACAUUUUUUUUUAAAUAAAUAACUUCAUUUUUAACUAAUUACAUGCACAGUCGGUACAAAUAAAGUACUCUGUAUCUUUCAUAGGGACAGUGCUAAAAUUCAUCUGAACAACAAGCAGUUAAGAUGCAUAUGUUUUUAUUAUACAACUUGCGUUUGCAAUCAUGAUUCAAUCCUAGUGACAUACCUUAUCACUUGUGUUUUGUGUUUUUCACAGCCCUCAGUGGUUAUACUGUUAUGUGUCAAAUUUGAACGGAGAGGUUGAUAGUAGCAUAAAUUAAUAGCUACAUUUUAAUUGCACAUCUGCAUGCAUUUGUUACAUUUAAAAUUAGAAGGACACAAGAGGAUUUUAUUCAUUGGCAAUUUUACACAAAUUAGAUUCUUAGGGAGCUGAAAUUGAAGGGAGUGUGCAAAUAUUUAUUAGUUUUAACGUGGCACAAUGCAGAGCCACUAGUGUGUAUUCUAGGCCUAUACUCUUUUUGUCAUUUUCUAUGUGUUGCUGACCUUUUUAAAGGUAGCCCAUCCAGCCAUCAGCAAAGUGUAGUCAUGACCUUUUCUAUAUGUUGCUGACCUUUUUAAAGGUAGCCCAUCCAGCCAUCAGCAAAGUGUAGUCAUGACCUUUUCUAUGUGUUGCUGACCUUUUUAAAGGUAGCCCAUCCAGCCAUCAGCAAAGUGUAGUCAUGACCUUUUCUAUGUGUUGCUGACCUUUUUAAAGGUAGCCCAUCCAGCCAUCAGCAAAGUGUAGUCAUGACCUUUUCUAUGUGUUGCUGACCUUUUUAAAGGUAGCCCAUCCAGCCAUCAGCAAAGUGUAGUCAUGACCUUUUCUAUGUGUUGCUGACCUUUUUAAAGGUAGCCCAUCCAGCCAUCAGCAAAGUGUAGUCAUGACCUUUUCUAUGUGUUGCUGACCUUUUUAAAGGUAGCCCAUCCAGCCAUCAGCAAAGUGUAGUCAUGACCUUUUCUAUGUGUUGCUGACCUUUUUAAAGGUAGCCCAUCCAGCCAUCAGCAAAGUGUAGUCUUGAUCUUUCUAUUAAUCCAUCUGUCUCUCAGCCAUGUAAAUGCGAACAAGAUUCAACAACUGAAGACAAAGCUUGUAUGCUGUUUCAAUAACUUAACUUAACUGUAAUUAUUUUUUCUGUCAUUGAACUUUGUGAUGUAUAUGGUGGGAAUGUUCUCUGUGUUAAUUUAAUUAGCACAAUUCACUGACAUGCUGGACUGACAUGCUAGCUGCUGUUCAGGAGUGUAACAUUUGCUGUUGGGGACAACUUAUACAGUUGUCAAUGGUACUUUGCUUUCUAGAUUUAUUUUUUGUCUCUCAAGCAACACUGUGUGUGGCUCUUCUGUUGCUGUUUUGAAACCGCUGGCAGACUGAUACAGUUUUCUGCGUAGAAAUCAAUUUCUUGGCAGGUACCUAGGCCCAUGGCAGGUAUUGUUAAGGGCGUAACUAGAGAAAAUUAAAUAGUGUCUGUUGCUGCUUUGAAAAAAGUUUUAAUUCUGAAAAUGUAAAUAGUUUAUCAUAAUAUCUUGUACAGUCCAGUGUAAAGUUUUUAAUUGAACUUUAAAAAAAGGUUGCCAUCACAUUUGUGUUCACUUUCUUCUUCAUACAGUACAAAAGGACAGCUACUUGCUGAGGAUAUUAUUGUUAAAUUUAAAAAAGGAGAAGGUACUAAAAUAUUUUAUUUUGCUUGGCUUCAAAAUGUAAACCAGCAAGUCUUUGGUUUCCAUGUGCAGUAUUGACGUGAGGUAAAAUUAAGGUGAAAUAAUUCUACAGUGGUAUGUAUUGGAGACCAGUCUCCUCUGUGUUGGUAGUAUUAAUACACUAUAUCAAAUAAAAUACACCAGAUGACUGACACAUUUGGGUGUAUCUAGGCACCUUAGUAAUGUGUGCAAAUAUCUAGGUUGUGUUCCCCACAGGAUGCAUUCAGGCAUAUUGUAAUGUAACAUCAUCUUUCUAUAUGUACUCAAUCCAUUGAUGUAACAAGGCAGGAGUGGGUUGUUUAACUGCCUGUUUAAGCUCAUUUACCUCAAGAGUUUCCUCGUUUUGCGUAAAAGAGUAAGAAAUUGUGUGACAAAGUCUCACCAUCACUCCCAUCUUUUGUACUGCUGUUGACACUUACAAAUUAAAGAGACAUUUUGUUUUAA